AUGGAAGAGUGUCAGACUGAAAACCUGUGUGGUACAAACCAAGAAGCCCCUGCUAAACCACCUCAGCUCCUUGCUGGUUAUUCUUCUUUGAGCUCACCCCAUGUGUCCUUUGGUGCCAUCAGGACCCGGAUCCACUACAACAUUUUCUAUUGCCUAUAUCUUCAGGAAAAUUCCUGUGCUUAGACCACAAGAGGUAAAGAGGAGCCAUCUGUUUUGCCAGGCAAGAAAACAACCAUCCAGCUUACACAUGAACAACAACUGAUUCUGAAUCAUAAGAUGGAACCUCUCCAGGUGGUAAAAAUCAUGGCCUUUGCAGGCACGGGGAAGACCUCUACCCUUGUCAAGUAUGCAGAGAAGUGGUCUGAGAGCAAGUUUCUCUAUGUGACAUUCAACAAGAGCAUUGCAAAACAAGCUGAACGUGUCUUCCCCAGCAAUGUCAUCUGCAAAACCUUUCAUUCCAUGGCCUACGGACACGUUGGACGGAAAUACCAGUUGAAGAAGAAGUUGAAUCUAUUCAAGUUAACACCCUUCAUGGUCAAUUCUGUUCUUGCUGAAGGGAAAGGUGGAUUCAUAAGGGCCAAGCUAGUGUGUAAGACUUUAGAAAACUUCUUUGCCUCGGCUGAUGAAGAGCUGACCAUCGAUCAUGUGCCUAUUUGGUGUAAGAACAACCAAGGACAAAGAGUCAUGGUGGAACAGAGUGAGAAACUGAAUGGUGUCCUUGAAGCAAGCCGACUCUGGGACAACAUGCGGAAGCUAGGGGAAUGCAGAGAGGAGGCUUACCAAAUGACUCAUGAUGGCUAUUUGAAACUCUGGCAGCUGAGCAAGCCUUGGCUUGCCUCUUUUGAUGCCAUCUUUGUGGAUGAGGCCCAGGACUGUACCCCAGCUAUCAUGAAUAUAGUUUUGUCUCAACCAUGUGGGAAGAUCUUUGUAGGGGACCCACACCAGCAGAUCUAUACAUUCCGUGGUGCAGUCAAUGCUCUGUUCACAGUCCCCCACACUCACGUCUUCUAUCUCACACAGGUAAGAGCGUUUUCCCUGAGUCCUCAGACGUAUGUAUAUAAGCAAGCAUUUGAUUUUCCCUCCUGGUUUCCUUAUGUGCCAGACACUGUCUCCCAACUUCAAGACCAUCCACUAUCCUGCUGUUGGUUAGGAAUGUGCAGCUACUGCCACUAUCAGUUAGUGUGGCCUGCAUCAUAUGAACCUAUAUAUGUGUUCUCCUUAGGAAACCUCUUCAUUAAAGACAGAUUUAUCAGAAGAUGGGUACACAAAGAAGGCUUCAGUGGCUUCAAGAGAUAUGUGACGGCUGCCGAGGACAAAGAACUGGAAGCAAAGAUUGCAGUAGUUGAAAAGUAUAACAUCAGGAUUCCAGAGCUAGUAGAAAGGAUAGAAAAAUGCCAUAUAGAAGAUUUGGACUUUGCAGAGUACAUUUUGGGCACUGUGCACAAAGCCAAAGGCUUGGAGUUUGACACUGUGCAUGUUUUAGAUGAUUUUGUGAAAGUGCCUUGUGCCAGGCAUAAUCUUGCCCAACUACCCCACUUCAGAGUUGAGUCAUUUUCUGAGGAUGAAUGGAAUUUACUGUAUGUUGCAGUAACUCGUGCUAAGAAGCGUCUCAUCAUGACCAAAUCACUGGAAAACAUUUUGACUUUGGCUGGGGAGUACUUCUUACAAGCCGAGCUGACAAGCAACGUAUUAAAAACAGGAGUAGUCCGCUGCUGUGUGGGGCAGUGCAACAAUGCCAUCCCUGUCGACACUGUGCUCACCAUGAAGAAACUCCCCAUCACUUACGUAUGUGGUCUCCCCAACAGCACCUGCUCUCUUUGGAACUUAAUUCAAUCGUUGGCAUUUUACUGCUUGUCAGCCAUGUAUUUAUCUAGGUUGUGGGUGAAGGAGAUAAGAAAAAUUGGUGUAGUCCUUUUUCUAGAGUUUUUUUUUUUUAAU